CGAAGAACAUACUCUGAGUACCUUAUCCAACAUUCCUCAUGAUGCCUAUUACCGUUAUCCUGAUUUUUAUCAUCGUCGUCCCAGCAUUCUACGUCACUUCCGAUGACUCUUCAAUGGUUCCUACACAUUUUGGCGGACCUGAAGAAAUACUUAUCUAUCACAAGGAUGAAUCCAGCGACGCAUCAUCAGAGAAGACUGUAUCACAGAUGAAAAACUUUGGUGGUUCUAUCGAUACAUUAGCCGUAGAAUUUAACCACACGUUACCAAGACAACGCAUUGCUUCACCGACUUUUAUGCUGGAUUUAUAUAAUGCCUUGCAGCACUCAGGACAAACUACGAAGUACGAGAAGAAAGCUCUCAGAAAAUCAGAUACCAUCCGAAGUUUCUUUUCGCGUUUAGCCGAUCUGUCUCGCCAUGAACCGACUUCCCAAGUCCGGCAACGUUACAUUUUCGACCUUGCUGUACUGUCAAAUUCGGACAAACUGCGUUUAGCUGAGCUGAGAUUUCCGUUUCCCGGACAACGCAUCAAGAAGAAAGCCCAGAUCGCUCUUCAUCAACUCCACGAAGUACCGUGCGAAGAGAGCGCCACCCAGACAUGUUUCAGAAGAGACACUCUGUCAUCGCAGAACGUGAAACAAUCUCAUUUAAACGAAAACCGUGGCAUGGUUAUGUUUCAAGUCACCGGUAUCGUCAAAAAGUGGUUGAAAUCGAAGAACGGCAGACAAGUUAUCGAAAUCAGUAUUCCUGAUAAUCAAGUCGAUGACGUCGUGGUGUUGGAAGAUGUCGUCGACGAUAAAGCUCUUCUAGUAACCUACACUUAUACUAAGGUAAAGAAGCAGAAGACCAAAAAGUCAAAAAAGAGCAAGGGGAAAAAAACCGAGAGCGAGCUUGAAGUUGACGAGUCCGGAGCAGAGAGAACGAAGGAUAACGAAGAAGUUGACACCGAACAGGAAGAUACAAAGGCUGGGCGAAAACGCGGAAGAAAACGUGAUCGGGACGCCGAUGAAGAUGCUGAGGUUGAGAUGAAAAGAGACAGACGAGGUGCCACCGAAUCCGACAAGCGAAGGAAGAAGAAAGAGCGUGAGAGACGAAAAGAGGUCAAGGAAAAGAAACUACAGGAACUUCAAGAGAAAGCCAUUCGUGAAGAGAAUCAUCCAUGCAGAAGAGAAGGCCUAACAGUCGACUUUGACAAGAUUGGCUGGGGCAGCUGGAUCAUUCACCCAAAGAAAUUCAACGCAUACCAGUGUGUUGGUUCUUGUCCUGGUCCAGUCGAUGGCGAUCACAAUCCGAACAAUCACGCUAUCAUUCAGAGUAUGUUGAACAAGUCUUUUCCAGGACGCGUCUCGGGGCCUUGCUGCGUACCAACAAAGCUGGCACCUAUCAGUAUGCUGUACUACGAGCACGGAAACAUUGUCGUCAAAGAACACGAAGAUAUGAUCGUCGAAGAGUGCGGCUGCCGAUAAUACACAACAUUAUAACGUAUUUAUUUAUUUCUGUUUGUUAAUUAUAACAAACGACAACUUAUUUAUUUUUGAUCCGCAACGAAGCAGUAUUGUAUAUAUACGAAAUAAUUUUGUACGAUGUUUGAUCAUUAUAGUAAUAAAUAGUAUUUAUGUUACAAACUUGAAAAAAA